GAGAGAUGAUGGGAGAAAGACUGGAGUAGCUGCACGUGCCGUUUAAACCCAGGGGCCCCAGGAGAUGUCUGCCUUCAGCCGCAGGGAGUUCUAUGAGCAGCUUCUGUACGGCUGUAUCUUGCCCACCGUGCAGCAGGGCCUGGAGCAGAUCUGGCUUCUACUGCUCAUGUGCCUGACAUGUCGCCUGCUGUGGAUUCUGGCUCUCCCCUCCCACCUGAAGCACCUGCUCACCAUUGCCGGCGGCUUCUUCUGCCUCUACCACUUCUUCCAGCUGCAGAUGAUCUGGGUGGUCCUGCUGAGCCUGCUGUGCUACCUGGUUCUGUUUCUGUGCCGCCACUCCCAGCAUCGGGGCGUCCUGCUGUCUGUAACCAUCCUCAUCUAUCUGCUCAUGGGGGAGAUGCACAUGGUGGACACAGUGAGCUGGCACAAGAUGAGAGGAGCCCAAAUGAUUGUAGCCAUGAAAGCCGUGUCGUUGGGGUUCGAUGUGGAUCGAGGUGCCGUCCGCUCCAUCCCGUCGCCAGUAGAAUUCAUGGGAUAUGUGUAUUUUGUCGGCACAGUCAUUUUUGGGCCAUGGACCAGUUUUAGCAGCUACCUGCAGGCAGUCAAAGGCCAACGCUUGAGCAUCUCCUGGUUGUGGCGCGUGUCCCGCAGUUUGGCGCUGAGUAUCUUGUGCCUACUCAUGUCUACCUGUGUGUCGCCCUACCUCUUCCCCUACUUCAUCCCACUGUAUGGGGAUCAGCUGCUCAGGAAUAAGAAGCACAAAGCCAGAGGCCUGGCUGUACGAUGGCUUCGGGCCUAUGAGAACACCUCCUCGUUCCACUUCAGCAAUUACUUUGUGGGCUUUCUGUCGGAGGUCACCGCCGUGCUGUCUGGGGUGGGAUUUUCCGAGGAGAAAGAUCACGUUCGCUGGGAUCUGACAGUCUCUCGACCACUAAAUGUGGAGUUACCGCGCUCUAUGGUGGAGGUUGUGACCAGCUGGAAUCUGCCCAUGUCACGCUGGUUGCACACGUAUGUUUUCAAGAACGCUUUAAAACUGGGAAAGUUCCAUGCCAUCAUUGUGACCUACGCGGCGAGUGCCCUCCUCCAUGGGAUGAGCUUCCAUCUGGCGGCUGUGCUUCUGUCUUUGGGUUUCAUCACAUACGUGGAACACGUCCUGCGCAGGAGAUUGGCCGAGAUAUUCAGUGCCUGUAUCCUCUCCAAGAAAUGUCCGUCCGGCUGUACCCACCGCAAUAAAAAGGGGCCCCUGGUGUACUUCUUGAACCUUAUGUUUGGAGCCAUGGCUAUCUUCCAGCUCACCUACCUGGGUUCCCUGUUUGAUACCGACUCCGAGGACUCGCCAGAGGAAGAGGGCUACGGGAUGUCCCACACCAUACACAAGUGGUCGGAGCUGGCCUGGGCCGGUCACUGGCUGACGUUGGGGUGCUGGUUGUUCUACCGUUUGAUUGGCUGACAGAGGAGACAUCUGUGCUGUUUGGGGAGUGGGUCUCCAGCCUUGGUAAUGUGGGUGCAGCACCCUUCACUUGGGCAUGUGGGGGAACGUGGGUGCAGGACAACCCUGAGAUUGGCACAGCCCCCCUUCCUGGGCAUGCCGGAUCUUACAGAACACUGUGAAUAAAGCACCCUGUCAAUGUGUGUUUGUCACCCCGUGUGAUGCCCCUUCUUCUGCGCAGUAACUGCCCCGUAUGGGGGGGGGUGGGGGCGUUUGUUCUAUGUCAUACCAUGGAGUAAAGGCCAACACUGGCCGUGCCAAUAAAGUUGUUUUGUGAGGA